UUGAGCUCUAUCGUCACCGUCUCGUGGCUCAGUUUCAGAGGCACUCUCAAGUCGUUUCAGACAGGCCAGGUCCUGGGUACCGUUCACCUACACCCAUUUGUCUUUGGAGCUCCUCCGAGAAUCGACAUCCUCCACAGAAUCGUGGUGUGGCAGCGAGCCAAGCGGCGGGAAGGACUCGCAAAGGUGAAGGAUCGAUCGGAGGUCCGGGGCGGAGGGAGGAAACCAUGGAAACAAAAGGGGGGUGGUCGGGCCAGACAGGGCAGCAUCAGAGCCCCUCACUGGCGAGGCGGGGGUGUGGUCCACGGACCGCGAGGCCCGAAAUCCUACGACUACACACUUCCAAAGUACACGCAGGGAGAUCUAACAGUGGUUGAUGCCCUCCAGGUACCCACUCACAGAGUUCGAGAGACACUCCCUAUUCUGGAGAGAGAAGAGUGGUCGUCGGUGUUGAUGGUGGACGGAGGAGAACUGGACAGAAACCUGUGCUACGCAACUCGUAACCUGCAGAAAGUCGACGUACUGCCGUCGAGAGGACUCAAUGUGUACAGCAUCCUGCUGAGGGAUAAACUGGUGCUCAGCAUUGGAGCUGUCAGACAGUUGGAGCAAAGACUGUUACAAGACUGUGUAGAUUGA